UCGUUUGAAAAAUGCACGCACACGUACCAAACCCAUCUAGCAUUCAGAGUUUGUUUACGCCUGGUGCUGAGGUGCUGUUGGUAAAGGGAACUCCAACACAUCUGAUUCUAUUCAGUGUUGCAUAUUUCACUGUUGGGUGAUUAAAUAGUUCAGAUUCACAAGCAAGCCUCUAAAGAAAAGAUACCAUCCAGUGAAGUCCUUUGUGCUCUCCUAGUUAUUUAUUAUUUAUACAGAUAAUAGUGACGUGUGGUGCUAUAUCCAAAGACUUCAAGUACAGUUCAGUACAAUAAAGUUAUAAACUGAUCUAGAAAAAAAAAUGGCAUCGGUUGCUGGGACAAGUUUGUACUCUGGGUACCCAAACCGCUUCAGUCGACGGACAUCUUUAGCAUCAUCGUACUUUCCUCCAGUUGUUGAGACAGUUUAUGAAUUUGUGAGACCCUCAACUACUAUGGUCAAUGCUGGAAUAAUUGCUUUUGUUGCAACUGUCUUUUUCGUCAUCUCAUUUACAAGUCCUUACUGGCUGCAGUCAUACUCCUACACGUACAGUGACUUCAACAAUAUGGGGCUAUGGGAGUUUUGCUUUAAUGGCUUCAGGUAUCCAAAAUACCAGUACGACUACAAGUUUACAGGGUGCAAUUACAUCUUCUCCGAGGAAUACAGAAUUAUAUGGUCAUGGAUGUUGCCAGCUUGGUUUAUGGCAGUGCAGACAUUCAUGACCAUAGCCCUACUUGCUAGCAUGACAACGCUAGUGACAAUAAGUCUGAUCCUGGUGAGAUGGCCCAUGCACAUGAUCAUGAAGUAUGAAUGGUACCUUACUGGCUUUUGUUUCUGCUGUCAGGCUGUUGCUGUGAUUGGGAUCUUCUUUGCGGUCCUAGUAUUUGGAGUCAUGUGUUGGUCCCGUGACUGGUUGCUGAACCCCAACUUUAACUACUUAUCCUGGUCUUACGCCUUUGCUGUUGUUGCUGGUGGCAUUCAUGCUUUUGCAGGAUUCACCUUACUUCAUGAAACCUUUGAGGCCAGAGAGCGCAAACGCCAAGCUAGUAACCUUCUACACAUGGAUCCACAUGGACAAAUGGGAAUGGGAAUGGGGAUGGGGAUGGGUAUGGGCAUGGUCAGCCAGGGAUACAUUUAAGUGGACAACGAUUAUAUAAUAUGAGAUUUGUCUCUUAUAAUUUUGCAUCAAGUGUCAAGUAAGUUGAAAUUUUUUCUAAAAAUGGGUUAUAGCAUUCAUUGAAACUGUUAUUCAGUAUUAAUCUAAACUCUCCAUGUAGAAAUAAGCCAUUAUUCUUUAAGUAUUGGCAGAGUGAAAGUACAGUAUUAAAUGCAUUACCUCCUGCAGUUAAAUUUAUGCAGGUAAUUAAGAUACUUUCUCAAAAAGCCAAAUAAUCUCUUAGCUAUGUAAAAUGUGUUUUCAUUAGCUGUAAAAUUUACCACAUAUAUUGUUACUGGGUAUGGAAUUUUAUAGUUUUGUUUUAAAUAUAAAGUUAGAGAAGAUAAGUACAGUAUUAGAAGUUUGGGCAGUUACAUUUCAAAUCUUGAGAAUUCAAUAGCUCUUGAUUAUGACUUCACCAGCAUGAAAUUUAAUUUGUUUCUGCUCAAGUCAAUAUAUACUGUAAGGGCCUCAUUAAACCAGAGAAAUUUGUAUUUAAUGCAAAAUCUCACCAAAUACUGUAUAUACCGAAUACCGUACAGUACACAGUAAACCCAUGCUUUUCGCUGGUUUACCAUUUGCUGUUUUGACUAUUCGCGGUAAGCAGAUGGUGGCUAGCUUACGAGCCUCGGUGGGAGCACUGUGAGUCACCCACAGCAUCUCCUCUCCCUUGUUUGUGCUCAACCAUUGUCUGCACUAUAGUUGUCUUCAUUGUGCCCAAAACUUUUAAGUGUUUUUGAUAAAAAUGACCCUUAAAAGACUGCCUAAUGUUAAUGGUGCUAGUGCAGUGAAACUUAGAAGACAAAAGACAGUGAUGACCCUUAUUAAGAAAGUUCACUUAUUAGGCAAGUUAAAGGAAGGAAUGAGUGCCGCCACGGCUGGCUGGUUGUGAACGAAUCCAUGGUGUGAUACAUUAAAAAGAAAGAACAAGUGAUUCGUAGCUGUUGCUGCAAGUGCUAAAGUGGCACAGACUGUGUGAUACAAACAUAGUGAAAAUGGAAAAGCAUUGAACUUUUGGAUUGACGACCACUGCAAAAACGUGCCAAUCGACAACAUGAUUCAUUAGAAGGCUAAGAUUCUCUUGGCCCAUUUUCACGAAUCAGCAGGUGGUGAAGGGGCUAUUGAAAAACCUUUUAGUGUUGGUAAAGGGUGGUUUGAUAAUUUUAAGAAAAGAUUCUCACUAUAAUGUGAAGCUGGCCAGGGAGGCCAUAUCAUCUUAUCACAUACAGAUGUAAGUUUUUCAUAUAGUAGUGCUGUAUGGUGGUAUAAGUUGCUAUUUGCAGUUUUUGCCUAUUCGCGCCAUUUAUUGAAACCUAACGUGUGAAUAACACGGAUAGUACUGUAAUACACCACACAACAAUGAUAUUUCCAUUUGCUGGAAUAAUUGGUGUUGAGCUCUUCUGGGAAGGAUACAUUUCCGGGUAAUACGACUAUUUCAAAAAUGGAAAAAUCCCACAUCCCCGUAAAUUUUUAGAGUACAAAUACUGUACUGGGAAAAGUUUCCCAGACUCAAAACUACGCAUCCCGCAUGGACAGACACAAAUGCAUAUCCCUAAUAUGUUUCUGGGUGCUGGGGAAAGUCUUCCAAGAAUCUAAACUACACAUCUCACCUUGCACGGACAAACAUUCUCCCAGUAUAUUUAGACCGUGGGCAGGAGCGAAAAUAUUUAUGGCUAGCGAGAAAGUGUAUAAACUUUUAUUCAUAAUAUGUUCUAAUUGUGUUAAGAGAUAAAUUGGGUACCAUAAUGAUCCUGAAUAAAUUCUCUACAAGACUGUU